AUAGGGCGUGACUUGUCACGGGAUCAUUUAAGAUGGCUACCAAAAACAAGACUCCAAAACCUCUCCAUUUAGCUAGCAGUGUCAAAGAAUUGAACGAUCAGUCCGCUAAUGAUAACAUAAAAUCAGCAAACCCAAAGCUGUUAUGCAGAUCAGCAGACAAACUUAACAUUGCUGCACUUGAGAAAAUGAUAGACGGUGACCAAGAGGCAGCUUACAUCCUCUUGAUGAGGUACCUUGAUGUGGUUAGUAAGAUACGGGCAUCAAAGGAAUACAAGCUGAAUAAAAAAUCAUUUGAUGGGUUGCUUGAUUUGAAGAAAUUUAAAAAGGCUCUUGAUGAUGCUGAGAGCUUAUCCUCUGAGUUAGAAAAGAGAUAUCAAGAAGCAAAUGCCUCUUCAAGCAAUAGUGGCACAGAGUCUUCCACUGGAGCUGAGACUCAGACUGAAGUAGAUUCACUUGGUCCUUUUGUACCUCCUGAGAAACUUUACCAAAUCCUGGUGGAUAAAAGUGACAAGAUUUUAGUCUUAGACUGUAGGUCUCGUAGUGAGUAUGUGACAUCUCAUGUUGAUAAUAAGAAAUACCCUCAGUGGCUUUCUGUUCCUGAGGAAGUUAUAAUCACUGGGAAUUUGACAACUUUCAUGUCUUCUACUAAUCAGAAGUUAUGGGAUGAGAGAGGUAGUAAGGGACGCCCGUACAUUAUUCUAGUGGACAAGAAGACUGAUCAAAACUCAGUCCAAGAAUCUUUACCUGUGAUGGUAUUGAAAGAGAAACUCAAGGAAGAAAAGUUAACAGUUAGUAUACUAGAAGGUGGUUAUAAUAUGUGGUACUUGGCAUACGCUCCACUCUGCGUCGGUAAAUGGAAAGAAAGAGUCAUCCCACAGUCAAGUACUGAUAAUAAAGACACUGGAGGUGACGUUUCCUAUCCUACUUUUCCAUUUUCUAGCAGUGAAGAUCAGCACGUGCCUGGAAAGGAUUAUCCUCCUCAUAGCAAUAAUCCUCCUUCUGUUAACCGAUCAACAAAACCAGCUACUCUAGCAUCAGAUGAGCAGUCUAAGGUUAAUCAAGGACCACUUGCAUACCACACCAGUCAGCCUAUCCCACAGGAUCCCACUGGCCCUCCAGUUCAACCUUCUGGCUAUUCUCCCAGUGCUCAAAGGACCCAGUCUUCUAAUGGUCAACCAAUAAAUCAACCUAUUGCACAAUACUCUAAUCUGCCUACUGCAUAUCAACCAGGGGUGCACCCUACUAAUCAACCAUUAGGAUACCCUACUAAUCAACCAUUAGGAGACCCUACUAAUCAACCCUUACUACACCCUAAUAGUCAACCUGGGAUGCACCCUAAUACUCUGUCUAAUCCCAAUCUUCCAAUGGCUCAACCACCAAUGCACACUGCUACUGGUCAACCUCUUGUAUAUCCUCCUGCUGGUCAGCAAAGUAUGAAUCAGCCAAUGCUAAACCCUACUGGUCAAGUUCCAGUGUUGUAUUCGACUGGUCAAGCACCGAAUGGUCACCCAGGGAUGCCCACUACUGCUAAUCCACAUAUUGCCCAACAGACUGGUUACUAUGGGCAGCCAGUCCCUACUUUUACUGCUCAACCACUUCCUCCCGCUCCCAGUGUUAAUUUGCCUUUAGAUUUAGAAGGGCGUGGAGUAUUGUUCUCUAAUGAGAUUGAGCCAAUAGAGUUUCUUGAAGAAUGGUAUCCCCCAGCAGAUACCUACUAUCAUGAUAGUGCCUAUGGCAGUAGUGAGGAAGAGGCCUCACAGCAACUCCAGCAAUACGCUAAUGCUAAUAAUCCCAGACAAGCUUAUGGCCCAUUACCAGUUCCUCCUAAUUAUGAAGAAGCACAGUUAUUACCAUCUCAUCCUCCUGUUCAGCCUCCACUACCACCUCCUGUUAGUAUACCAAUACCACAAGAAAACAUUGAGGAUGGCUCUGCUUCCUCCUCAAAGAGUAAUGAUGCACCAGCAGAAGCUGAAAAGAAUACAGAAACAAAAACUGUUGACAUCAAAGAGCAAGUACGUGCACUGGUAGAAGAACAGUUGGUAGCCGAACGGGCAAAAAUGAAAGAAGAAUUAAAGGAAGAGAGAGAGAAGGAUAAGGCAAUUUUAGCUGAAGACAGAAAAAGGCAAGAGCUGGAGUAUGAGCAGCACAAGAAGGAGAUGGAAAAACAAAUGUCAAUGAUGAAGGAAGAAUAUGAGAAAGAAAAGAAAUCAAUGAUGAAGCACCAGGAAGAAAUGAAACACUACUGGCAAUCAAGACAGGUGGACAAUGAGCAACAGCGACCAGUCAUUAUUAAUCAGGGUCUUCCCACUGGAUGGGAAAAAAGACUUGAUAGGACUACCAACCGUUUCUAUUAUGUUGAUCAUAAUACGCACACCACACACUGGAACCCACCAACAUCUAUCCUACAGUAUCAAGCUGAACUAGCUGAACGUCAGAGACAAAUAGCCAGCGGGCCUGUUCCUCAACCACCUCCCAACGGAGUCCCUGCAGGAGGACAUCCUUCAGCUUCUCCUCCAGUAGUUGGACGUGGUCAACAAGUAAAACCAAAUGACCUUAUACCUACUCCUGUUGGUGGGCGUGGUCAACCUCCUCUCAUACCUGGGCGUGGUCAGCCACCUCCUGUAUCUGGACGUGGUCAGUCUCCUCCUGUAUCUGGGCGUGGUCAAUCUCCUGUAUCUGGGCGUGGUCAAGUUGUUCCUGGGGAUCAUAAUCAGGUAGCGAAGUCAAGUGGCCCUACUGGUAGACCAGCACUGCCUCAAAUUGAUCGUACUACUAAACCUAAACAAGCUCCACCAAUGUCUCCUGAUGUGUAUCGACAAAAAAUAAUCAACCUACAGCCCGUGCAAGGAGGAAUAGGUCCCGGUCUAACUGGUUUAAGAAAUCUUGGUAAUACUUGCUUCAUGAGUUCUGUUAUUCAGUGCCUGUGUGCCACUCCUCCUCUUGUUAAGUAUUUCUUCAAUGGGCAGUACAGAGCUGAUUUAAACAGGUCUAAUCCUUUAGGGUCUGGUGGUAUAUUGGCUGAAGAGUUUUACAUAUUGGUUGCUGCAAUAUGGCUGGGAAAGUUUCGAUACAUAGCUCCCUUGGAAUUCAAGAACACUGUCUCUCAAGUUGCUCCUUAUUUUGCUGGCAACGAGCAGCACGACUCACAGGAGUUUCUAGUUUAUUUACUGGAUGGACUCCACGAGGACCUCAAUAAGGUGCUGGUAAAGUCUUAUGUUGAGUUGCCUGAUACUGAUGGAGUCCCAGACCCAGUGGCUGUAGAGCAAGCAUGGCAGGCUCACAAGAAAAGAAACAAUUCUAUCAUCAUUGAUCUGUUUCAUGGCCUGUUAAAGAGCACUAUCACUUGCUUAUCAUGUGGUAAAAAGAAGGUCAUGUUUGAGCCAUUUGUCUCACUGUCUGUUCCUAUACCGCGUGGAAGAACAAGCUGUUCUUAUCAUGACUGCUUUAAGUUGUUUACGGCUAAGGAGCGUAUGACAGGAACUAAUAAAUGGUUCUGUCCACAGUGCAAAGCUUCAAGAGAUUCAGAAAAAACCCUCUUCAUUUGGCGCCUGCCUCCUAUCCUUCUCCUUCAUUUUAAAAGAUUCCAAGAUAAAGGCACUGUUCGUGAGAAGCUAUCGACCAGCAUAAGCUUCCCUAUUGAGUCCUUGGACUUGAAUUCAUACGUUGUGGGCCCUAGACCCACUAAUCAGUAUAGUCUCUAUGCAAUAUCGAAUCAUACUGGAAGUUUGCAGAGUGGGCAUUAUACAGCAACAUGCAGGCAUCCUCGUAGCCAAAAGUUUCAUUUUUUUGAUGAUCAAGAUGUUCGUCAAACAUCUUCUCAAAAUAUAAAUUCUUCUUCUGCCUACCUGCUAUUUUAUAUCUCUGAAAAUAUAAAGAUCUGAACUAUCAUAUUGAUUGUUGUUAUUAUUAUUGUUAAUUUGUUACCAUUAAUUUUUGUCAUGUGUUGUAUAUUAUUUGCAAUCAUUUUAUUCAGUCAUAAUAUUUAGAUAAUAUUUUUAUCAUAA